AUGAUGCUUCAAACAACAACAAGGAAGAUUGAUGUUUAUGAGGUGGAGAUUGCAGCUGUUGAUGGCAAUUUCAAGAUGUCAUGUGAACUGAAUCGAAUCGACAAGGAUGUGCUAAUGAAAGUGCCAAAUCCGAGGUAUAAAGAACUUAUUGAAACCCAUGAACACCUUAAAGGAGUACAUAUGAAUGAUAUUGAUGAGAAAGCACUUUUACCUGUGCAUCUAAUCCUAGGUGCCAGUGAUAUGUCUAGAAUCAAGACAACUGUACCUGCUAAGGUUGGGAACGAUGGGAUGCCAAUCGCUGAGAAAACUGCUUUGGGAUGGAUUAUCAUGUCACCGGGGCGAGAGAAGAACCAUUCCUACUUGAUGUUUACCAAGAGCUCCCAAGAAGACUACAUGCAUCUUUGUAGUCUGGACGUGCUUGGAUUAGAAGACCAUGUUGAAGGAGAUCAAGGGAGCGUGUAUCGAGAAUUUAAAGAACAGCUUACUCAGCAAGAGGACGGUCGAUAUGAGACAUCGUUACCAUGGAAGGCUCACCAUCCGGAGCUGCCGACCAAUUACCUUGUAGCCAAGAGGAGAUUUCAGUCAUUAUUCAACCGACUUGACAAACAGCCUGAACUGCUGAAGACUUAUCAUGAUAUAGUGGAAAAUCAACUCAAAGAUGGAGUGGUCGAGAUUGCGCCUGAGAAACCUGAAGGGAGCCGAGAGCAUUACAUUCCCCACAAACCGGUAGUACGAGAGCAAGCCGAGUCUACGAAAGUAAGAAUUGUGUUUGAUGCUUCGGCAAAAGCUGAUCAAAAAUCCCCAUCAUUGAAUGAUUGCUUGGACAUUGGUCCCCCACUCCAAAGAAGAAUCCUUGACAUACUACUUCGUAAUCGACUUAAACCUAUUCUCUUAGCUGGUGAUAUAAAACAAGCGUUCCUACAAAUAGUGAUUAGAGAGAACGAGCGAGAUGCGAUGAGAUUUUUAUGGAUAAACGAUCUACAAUGCAAAGAGAUGGUGGUGUAUCGUAUGACCAGAGCGAUGUUUGGGCUAGGCCCAAGCCCAUUCUUACUCGGAGGGACUUUGAACGUUCAUCUCGAGAAGUAUGCAGAGCACUAUCCACAAUGUGUUGAAGAAUUAUCUGAAGGAACGUAUGUUGAUGACAUAAACAUCGGAGGUGAUAAAGUAGAGGAGACGGUAGUACUCAAGGAGCAAGCCAAAGAAAUUCUCAGCGAGGGAAGCUUUGUUUUGCACAAAUGGCAUUCUAAUGCUGCGGAGUUAGAGAGUGACAACGUGGAAGACGGAGAAUCUACCUUUGCUAAAGAAACUUUGGGAACUAAGCCAUCGGAGACCAAGCUCCUGGGACUGGGAUGGAACAAAAAGGAGGAUACUUUGUCUGUAUCACUACCAAAGCAGAAAGUAGAAAUGACCAAACGGAUAGUUCUUCAAACAAUGGCGAGAGUAUAUGAUCCCCUGGGUUUAGCUAGUCCAUAUUUACUCACAGCUAAAGUAAUCUUCCGUGAUAUAUGUGAUCGUAAGCUCGGAUGGGAUGCUGAAUUACCUAAAGAUCUGAAGGAUCGAUGGAAGCGGUGGUUAGAUAGAUUACCAGGCAGUUUAACCUUCCCAAGAAGUAUCCCUCGAGAGAGAGUCGUCACUACCGAGAUUUACAUUCAUGGUUUCGCUGAUGCAAGUAUUCUGGGAUGUUGUGCCGCUGUCUACGUUGUGACCAAACAGGGUGCUCUAGUUUCUCAAGGGCUGCUAGUGUCCAAAACGAGACUGGCAAAGCGAGAUUUAACAAUUCCAAGAUUGGAACUAGUGAGUUGUCAUAUGGUCUGCAAUCUUAUUGACAAUGUCAGAAAGGUUCUUAGUCAUCUUCCAGUGAUAAGCGUUUGUGCGUGGAGCGAUUCGACCGUUUGUCUACAGUGGAUUAACGGACAGGGUAACUAUAAGCAAUUCGUAGCAAAUCGAGUGAAAAAGAUCACCGAGAAGCAAAUCGAGUGGAAGUAUGUUCCAACUCUGGAAAACCCUGCAGAUAUCGGCAGUCGAGGUACAACACGAGAUCUUCAAGCGAAUGAAACCUGGAUGAAAGGGCCUAGUUGGUUGAGUGAAACUGAAAAAUGGCCGGAGCAAGUAAAGAUCAAACCGAGCGAGAAGUCCGAGUCAGAAAGUCGAAUGAUGAGAGAAGUAAUGAAAGUUACCAUUCAGAAAGAGGCCGAUUUCAUCGAUUGUUUACUAGAGAAAUUCGGUCUGACUAAAACUGUUCGAAUUUUAGCUUGGGUCACGAGAUUUAUUGACAACUUCGUGUGUGGCAAGAAAGUCAACGGACCAUUAGUGACCGAAGAAACACAGAAGCAGAUGAAGUUCUUGAUUAAACGCGCACAAUCCGAGAGCGAAGCACUUGAGAUCUUCAAAGUGGAUUCUACCAGAUUAAAUCUUCAAAAGAAUGGCGAGGGAAUAUACGUGUGCCAAGGACGAAUCCAAGGUGAAUAUCCAGUGUAUCUGCCAGCAAAACAUGUAUUAUCUGAAUUGGUCGUAAAGCAAGCUCAUAUGAAGACCCUGCAUGGGGGAGUUGCCCUGAUCAUGAGCAAAGUCCGUGAAGAAUUCUGGAUUCCUAAAUUACGAACUUUGGCGAAGAAAGUUCUCAGUUGUUGUUAUGGUUGCAAGCGGUUCCAUAUAGUGCAUGAACCAACUCCACCUCAAGGUAAUUUACCAAAAGAAAGAACCGAAGGGAUGACGCCAUUUGAAAUCGUUGGUGUAGAUUAUGCUGGCCCUAUUUACUAUCGAAACAAGAACAAUGAACAGAAAUCGUAUAUCCUUAUCUACACCUGUUCCUUAACAAGAGGGCUCCACUUGGAACUUUUACCUGAUUUGAGUUGUGAGGAAUUCCUGGCAAGUUUCAAGAGGUUUGUAGCGGUUCGCGGUAGACCAAAGAAGAUGAUUUCAGAUAAUGGUAAGACCUUUCAUGCUGCGGCGAAGUGGAUUAAGAAAGCAACCCGAGAUGAAAGGUUUCACGCAUUUCUGCACGACUAUCAAAUUCGAUGGCAGUUUAAUCUGAGUAAAGCAAGUUGGUGGGGAGGUAUGUUUGAGAGGAUGGUCGCGUUGGUAAAGAAUUCGUUGUACAAAGUUGUUGGUUCUGCAAAACUCACCUACAAGGAGUUGCAGGAUGUGUUGCUAGAUAUCCAGAUAGCACUCAAUAAUCGACCAUUAACGUAUUGCGAAGAUGACGUGCAAUUACCUGUUCUCACGCCUAACCUGAUGAUAUUGGGUAAAGCCAAUUAUUUAUUGGAACUUCCGAGUGCUGAAAUUGAAGAUGGUGAUAUGCGAAAAAGAGCAAAAUAUUUGAAGAAAUGUAAAGAGGCGUUAUGGCGGAGAUGGCGAAAUGAAUACAUGAGAGCGCUUCGAGAAAGACACGACUUACGACAUAACGGGAAAAGCGGAAAUUUACGAGAAGGUGAUGUGGUACUUAUCAAAGGAGAAGGAAAGAAUCGAGGAACGUGGAAGAUCGGAAUCGUGGAAAGAUUAAUACCGGGGAGAGAUGGAAUUGUCAGGGCGGUGAGACUUCGUGCCGGCAAAAGUUAUCUAGAAAGACCUAUUCAGUUUCUUUAUCCAAUGGAGUUACACAGUGAUGAAAGGGGCUCGGAACAAAAACCACUGAAUCCCGAAGUUGAAGAGUUUAAGCCAAAGCGGAAAGCGGCGGUUGAGGCAACAGUGAAUAUUCGGCGAAUGCAAGAGCUUGAAAAUGAAAGUGACUAA